AUGGCAACGGCUAGAAGCUGGAAGAUUGGGAGGGAAAUCGGAGACGCCGUGAUCAAGGCGUCGAGGAGCCCUAACCGGAGAUGGUACGGACCUCACAUGGCCGCGUCGGUCCGAGCAAUAUCCGAACGCAUACCAUUGGUCGAUUUCGUACUCGAAAUCAGAGACGCUCGUAUUCCGUUGUCGUCUGAGUAUGAAUUGUUGAGAAAGCUUUCUCCUUUUCCGUCGAAACGGAUUAUUGUGUUGAACAAAAUGGAGCUUGCGGAUCCUUUAGAAUUGAAGAAGUCUAUGGAUUACUUUGAGGAGAGAAAUAAUCUGUCGUAUGCAGUAAAUUCACAUAACAAAGAAUGUGUCAAGCAAUUUCUCAACUUCUUGCAGAGUCGAGUGAGGGAAUUGCACAAGUCUGGACAUUUGGGUCAUACCACAACCAUGAUGCUCCUUGGGAUACCGAAUGUUGGAAAAUCCGCUCUCGCCAAUUCUCUUCAUCAAAUUGGGAGGAUUAGUGCUGCAGAGAAAGGUAAGCUUAAGCAUACAAUAGUUAGUUCACAGCCUGGAGAUACUAAAGACAUUAUGAGCUUGAAGAUUGGUAGCCAUCCAAACGUCUAUAUACUGGACACGCCUGGAAUCUUUCCUCCUAACCUGCUUGAUGCUGAGAUAUGCUCAAGAUUGGCUUUAACAGGAGCUAUCCCGGAUGAUAUAGUUGGGGAGACAGAGCUUGCACGCUUCUUGCUAACUAUUCUCAACUCGAGCGACGAAUACAAGAAAUGGGCAAAGCUUUGCAACUCUCAAGACUUAUCAAUCCACCGUAAGAGACAGUAUCCAACAGAUCAUACACAGGAUUUUAUAGUUUACGAUGUGCGGAGGGUUUUGUAUGAGACGAUUUCAGGAUUUAAUGGUAACUUGGAAGAGGAAAUUAGCAUGGGGAAUCUUAUAGAGACGCAAUUCUCUGCCUUGAGAAGUGUUCUUAGGGUUUCAGAAGAAGAAAGUGAGUUUGCUGAUGUGAGAGUUGCUUCUAAGAUAUUGAAUCUGUACAGAACUGGUAGACUUGGACAUCACACUCUAGAACAUGUUUCUGCUUUAACCAAAUCUUUUUAA